AUGGUUGAUGCAGAAACGCUAAUAAUUAAGGAUAGAGUUAGUAGGAUGAUGGCAGCGAUGGACGAGAUUCAACGGUUAUGGGACUUUGUGGUAAACGAAAGGAGUUUUUGUAUGUAUCGUAUCAAAGUACCAAAAUACAAUGGAUAUUCCGUUCCCAAACUCGCAAAUCCUGAUAUUGUAGAAUUAUAUUCUAGAAAUGUUUCAUCAAAAAAAUUUAUUGCUCUUUGGAGAAGAUAG